AUCUCCAUCAUACAUCUCGACGGCCCAAAUCUACUUCAAUCAAAUAAUUUUUUAAUGAUCUUCCUCCAAUCAAAACUGAGCAAGUUGCAGAUAAAGAUUAGAAAUCUGGCAAUUAGAGCUUGACUUUUGUUGCAUUGGUUUUGUUUAUUGAAGAGCUAUUUCUGUUCUGUCAGAGCUUGAUCAGUAGUGGGGGGCGAGAAGCAUAUGCUUCUAUUUUGAUCAUGGGCCAAGUUUGGGGGGCUAUAGGAGACAAAUUCCAAAGGAAGGAGUUUCGGAGGCGACAACUCAGGAAGAUCACGGAUCGUGUUUUUGACCGUUUUGCUGCAGAAAAUGACCAUAUAAAUGCAGACCAACUUUAUAUUACCGUUCUUUUGGUUUUCAAUGACAUCAACAAACAUUUUCCUGGCCCUCACAAUGAUCCACCAUCGAAGGAAGAAGUGGAAGAGAUGAUGCAGACUACUGAUCUAAAUCUGGAUGGUCAACUGGAUCGAGAGGAAUUUGCUGAGUUUGUUAAAAAGUUAACAUCUCAUGUAGCAGCUAAGAUCAGUACAAAUCUGAUAAUUGCUGUUAUGGCAGCUCCUGUGGUGGCACUGAUGACAAAGAGAGCAACAGAACAAGUACCAAGAGUGGGGAAGGUGGUAGAGAAGAUUCCGAAUGCAGUUUAUGCAUCUGUGAUCACAGCUACCGUUGUACUCAUCCAAAAGUUGAAUGAGAGCAAAGAAUAAGCGCAUUAUGUUUGGUCCUUGGUCAUAAUUUUUUUUUUGCUCAAAUUUCAGUGACAUGGAUAGUGCAAUCCAAACUGAUUUCAUAUACCAUAAUGCAUUGUAAAUUUGACUCCCUAUGUUCCAUUCAGAUUCUUCAGUGGUUCAAAGUUUCAAGUGGUCAUCUGCACUGAUAAUUUCUUUUCAAUGCUACCAUACAAUAAUUUUCUAAAUUAAAGUAUAAUUUGAAAGUUA